AUGGCCACUAUAAAACAAAUCGAUGGACGAACAGUUCAUCAAAUUCAAUCUGGUCAAGUCAUUGUUGACCUUUGCUCUGUCGUCAAAGAACUAGUGGAGAAUAGUGUUGAUGCCGGUGCAUCAAGCAUAGAUAUUCGCUUCAAGAAUCAGGGACUAGAUCUCAUCGAAGUGGCUGACAAUGGAUCUGGCAUUGCCCCAGCCAACUACCCUUCGGUAGCUCUUAAGCAUCACACGUCAAAGCUCUCAUCGUACUCAGAUAUAGCAACACUGGAGACAUUUGGUUUCCGAGGCGAGGCUUUGGCUUCUCUAUGCGCUUUAUCAAACGUAACCGUCACGACUUGUCAGCAGGGCGAGGCUCCUAAGGGGACUAAGCUCAGCUUUGAGCCCUCAGGCGCACUGAGUGGAACAGCUGUCGUAGCAUCCUCAAAAGGCACUACUGUCUCAGUCGAGCGUCUCUUCCACAACCUUCCCGUCCGUCGCCGUGAGCUUGAACGGAAUAUCAAACGGGAAUGGAACAAGGUCAUCGCCCUCCUCGGUCAAUAUGCUUGCAUCCAGACCAACCUCAAGUUCUCAGUGUCCCAACAGCCUACGAAAGGUAAAAGAAUUCAUCUGUUCUCCACAAAGGGCAACCAGACGACAAGGGAGAAUAUCAUCAACAUUUUUGGAGCCAAGACCAUGACAGUUCUUGUACCCCUAGAUUUAACUCUUGAGAUGCAACCUUCUACAGCUGGACCAACUUUACAGAUCGAUUCCAAGCACGAAUCCACGCCCAAAGAAGUCCGCAUUAUGGGCCAUGUUUCACGACCUUCUCAUGGUGAUGGGAGACAAACUCCAGAUCGCCAAAUGUUCUUCGUGAACGGAAGGCCCUGUGGUUUGCCCCAGUUCGCAAAGGCGUUCAACGAAGUAUACAAGUCUUACAACAACUCCCAAACCCCCUUUAUUCUAGCCGAUAUUCAGCUCGAUACCCACAUGUACGAUGUCAAUGUCAGCCCCGACAAGAGGAGUAUAUUGCUACACGAUCAAAACCAGCUCCUUGAUAAUCUGCGCAUGUCUCUCACAAAUCUUUUUGAUUCUCAAGACUACUCUGUGCCGACAUCGCAGCUUCUCGCGUUUAAAAGCCGCACUGAAAAGCAACCAAGCGGCAACACACCCUUCAAGCCAUUGUCCAUUACCCCUAUCAAGCCUCGCAGCGGUUCUGAUGAAGGUCUCGAAUCAGAUGAAGAGAAUAACAGCGAAGACACGCCUACCUCAAAAAUUCCGUCUGGCGCUGCGAGGAAAAUUAGGGGGUCGAGAUCAUUGUCGAAAGAUACUAGCGGCCAGAACUUGAUAAGUGGCUGGAUAGAGAGGAGAACAACCUCACGGUCAGGAAACCCAGGUAGCCCGGUAACACCUGCUGCACGGGCUGCAGCUCCGUCCGAUUUGGCGCAAAACUCCAUUACUCGAGAAGAACCAAGCCUCUUCGUUAGGAGCCCUUCACCCCCGUCAGAUAGUGAUGAGAAUGACGCUGAUAAGCCGCUACCUGUUCGAGACUUUAACAAACAACUUAAGGCGAAAUCUAUAACAAAAGACAUCCCUUUUGCUGCAGCGAACAGCCCACCAACUUUGGUUCAGAGUGAACCUCAGAUUCCCGCGACACAGCCACUCAGACGUGGACAAGAGAGCGGACAUGCCAGUGGGUUGAGAACUCCUCGGAGACAAAUGAAACCAGAUAUCACUACAGUUUUUAUUGGUGAUGAGAUGGUCCAAGGUGCUGCAAGCGCUUCUGACGAUGAUGGUGAUGAUGAGGAAAUGACAACUACCCUUGAAGACAGCGUGUCUACCGCCAUGCCAAAGCCCUCAUUUGGAAGUCGUCUUACACAGAUAUAUGCAGCUGGGGCCAGGGCGGUAGAAGAAAAGAAGAGUUCCCAUCCGGGGUCAUCUGAGGAUGAUUCUGAUGUCCCGACAAACGCAGAAUCUGGGAACGACGAUGCAAGUAACGACGAUGCCGUAUCUGAUGCAGCCGAUACAAGAGAUGUUGUUCGUGAAACGGUCGUUUCGUUCCCUGAGAACGACGGAAUGGAAGAACGAGAUGUUAGCAGUCUGUCCCCGGAUAGCCCUGCUGUCCCAGGAUUGAGCGAAACUGUUACAUCUGACCAAAAGAGUCAGCCUCUCAAGUCUAGUGUACGAAAGAAGGAAUCUACUGCGCAGUUGCUCCAACAUUUACGAACCGACGAAAGUCUCAUUAGAUUAGGGAUGGCAUCAUGGGCGAAUGGUCUUAGUUCGAUCCAAGACUCUCGAGCUGAUGAUGAAGUAACAGAUCUUGAUGCAUCCAAUGCAGAAGAAAAGUUAUCUCUCACCAUAGCUCGGAAGGAUUUUCUAAGAAUGAGAAUAGCUGGGCAAUUCAACAUGGGCUUUAUUAUUGCAAGUCGUCCGGCGAAUAAGAGACUAGACGAGGAGCUCGAAGCCGCUGGGAAUGAUGAGCUGUUCAUAAUCGACCAGCACGCAACGGACGAGAAAUACAACUUCGAAAGACUGCAGGAGAUCCAAACAGUGCAGUCUCAGCGGCUAGUCCAUCCCAAGAGACUCGAGCUGACAGCUCUUGAGGAGGAGAUUGUGUUGCAAAACAUUCCUGCAAUAGAAGCAAAUGGUUUCAAAGUCCAUGUUGAUAUGAGUGGGGAUGAACCAGUGGGUUCGAGGUGCGAAGUGUUGGCGCUUCCCAUGAGCCGUGAGGUAACAUUCUCACUCACCGACCUCGAUGAGCUGAUAGCGCUGCUUGGUGAAGAAUCGUCUGAGUCAAAACAUAUUCCCCGGCCCUCGAAAGUAAGAAAGAUGUUUGCAUCAAGAGCAUGUCGGAGUAGUGUCAUGAUUGGGAAGGCUUUGACACAUGGACAGAUGGAGACACUGGUACGGCACAUGUCUGAGUUGGACAAGCCCUGGAACUGCCCUCAUGGUCGUCCUACAAUGAGACACUUGUGUCAACUGGACUCGUGGGAUGCGAAGGGGUGGAGGGAUGAUGGUGUACAGAGCCCAUCAGUAUCGUGGCAGUCAUAUAUGGGUAACAAAUAA